AUCUGGCAGCGCUUUUAUUUUGAAAAAGUCCUCGAACUGCAACGGAAGGCUUUUAGCUAAAUGCUAACCGUUCUGGUUCUUUUUCUAGCGUUUUAGCGCUAAUCCGUGUACCGAACUAUUCGGGCCAGUCUGACCCGUCAUUGGACCGGGUCAGCACACAUACGUCACUGUGAAACCGGACGGUAUCGGGGACGGGAAAUUAACGCGCGUUAGUUAGCGUACUUGCUAACCCAAAUAAUGGAUCUGUUCGACGACCUGCCAGAACCGACACAGACAUCUGCUUCACUUCCAGCAGCAGUCUCGACUCAAUCACGGACCACAAACCAGGAAGAGGAGGACAAAGGGUUCAAACGAAGACGAGAGGAUGAAGAGGAAGAGAAGAAGGAGAUCAAGAAAGUUUGUAGAGAAGGUCUCCCGGUACUGAGAGGCUAUGUGGCAGCACGGCAAGGUGAGCGUGAGGAGAUGCAGGACGCUCACGUGUUGCUGCCCGACAUGAGCAGCUGUCUGUCAUCACCACCAGAUCUCCUCUCCCGUGUCUCGUAUUAUGCCGUGUUUGAUGGACACGGUGGAGCUCGAGCAUCUCGAUUCGCUGCUGAGAAUCUUCACCUGAGUCUGGCCAGGAAAUUCCCCUCAGGAGAAGGUGAACAUCUAGACAAGCUGAUAAAGAAAUGUCUCCUGGACGCUUUCAGACAGACAGACGAAGACUUCCUGAAGAAAGCCUCCAGCCAGAAGCCAGCGUGGAAGGAUGGAUCCACGGCCACUUGUGUCCUGGUGGUGGACGACGCCGUCUACGUGGCUAACCUGGGGGACAGCAGGGCCGUGUUGUGUCGGGUGGAGACAUCUUCAGCAGCAGAUGGACAGAAGAAGUCCACGACUCUGUCUCUCAGUAAGGAACACAACCCAACCAUCUACGAGGAGCGGAUGAGGAUCCAGAGAGCUGGAGGCAGUGUCAGGGACGGCCGGGUGCUUGGUGUCCUUGAGGUGUCCCGGUCCAUCGGAGACGGUCAGUACAAACGCUGCGGAGUCAUUUCUACGCCUGACGUACGGAGGUAUCAGCUCACAGCCAGUGACAGGUUCAUCAUUCUGGCCUGCGAUGGUUUGUUCAAGGUGUUCUCAGCUGAUGAAGCCGUGAAGUUCGUCCUCAACGUCCUGCAGGAGGAGGGUGUGGAGCAGAGGGAAGGUCUGACCCGCGAAGAGCUUCACUUUGAAGCAGCUUGUCAGCAGUUAGCCAGCGAGGCGGUGAGGCGAGGCAGCGGCGACAACGUCACAGUGAUCCUGGUUUCUAUUGGCCACUGAUUCGUCUUCGUCGUCAUCUCAGCAGGAGUCCUGCUGAUCCAACAUCUCACUUGUUUUCAAAUAAAACCUUGGUCUUGUUUCUGAUUUUUAAA